CCUUUUGGCAAGCUCUCUUACUCCCUGAGCUAUUUCUCUGGUCCUUUCCCAACCUUUGUAUGUAUUCGUCUGUAGUUGUACUUAUAGCAGGGAGGGUUAGGGAUCAAUUUCUGGAUUUUCCACUUCUUUCCUAUAAACCACCCUUACCUCACCUGAAAGGUAGGUAGAGGAAUAUUAUUAAUUCAAACGAUACCCCAGGUGCCUCCGGGUUGAGAAUAAGGUCUCAGCUGAUGGGGAUGCUUGAUGCUACCCCUCAUCCCUUCCCUCAAAGACCCAAGCGCCAAUGAGAUUAGGUUCACAAGCAACGCCUCCUCUUCCUGAUGCUCAGGUCGCUUAGCAACGAAGGACCAGCAAGAAAGGAGCUGUGCUAAUCCUCCCAGGCAGGCCGGGUGUACAACGUCAGCUCCCUUGGGGAGGGGCCUGCCUGGGGGCUACCAUGGCCCCUAACCACCUGUCAGUGCGGGAAAUGAGGGAAGAUGAGAAGCCCCUGGUGCUGGAGAUGCUGAAGGCUGGUGUAAAAGACACGGAAAACCGUGUGGCCCUCCACGCUCUGACACGACCUCCAGCCCUUCUCCUCCUGGCUGCAGCCAGCAGCGGACUGCGCUUCAUCCUGGCCUCCUUCGCCCUGGCCCUCCUGCUGCCCGUGUUUCUGGCUGUAGCCGCUGUGAAGCUGGGUUUGCGAGCCCGAUGGGGCUCUCUGCCUCCACCAGGCGGCCUGGGAGGGCCCUGGGUGGCUGUCCGUGGCUCCGGCGAUGUGUGUGGAGUCCUGGCUCUGGCCCCUGGUGCCAACGUGGGGGAUGGAGCCCGAGUCACCCGCCUCUCUGUCUCUCGAUGGCACCGUCGCAGGGGCGUGGGCAGAAGGCUGCUGGCCUUUGCCGAGGCUCGAGCCCGAGCAUGGGCUGGAAGUAUGGGGGAGCCUCGGGCCCGGCUCGUGGUCCCAGUGGCUGUAGCCGCUUGGGGGGUGGCAGGGUUAUUGGAGGCCUGUGGCUACCAGGCAGAGGGAGGCUGGGGCUGCAUGGGCUAUAUGCUGGUUAGGGAAUUCAGCAAAGACCUGUGAUUAGAGACCAUGCCCACUGGAUAGAUGGGCAGAGAACCAGCACCUAAAGAACACCUACUGUGUGCCAGGCACUUUACAUCCCCCCCUCAGUGUCUACCUAGUCUGCUGGGCUGAUAGUGAAGCACCGAGGUUGAUGGACUUACAUUCCCAGUGUGCCUGCCAGCUGCAAUGAGGACUCUAAACUCAAGUAGAACAAAUCCCUUCUUGGUCUUCUGGGACCACUAGAGGUCACCGUGUCCAGUCCUUUGCCUCACCCCCACUGCCCCAGUCUGUAUGCACUGAAAAACGUCGGGUUCUGGGUCUACAAAGCCCCUGCUGCCUGUGUUUGAGGUCUGGAAGGGAGAUUUGAGGAAAGAGAGAGAGAGAGAGAGAGAGAGAGAGAGAGAGAGAGAGAGAGAGAGAGAGAGAGAGAGAGAGAGACUAAAAGUUAGAGUCUGUGACAGGGAACUCCCAAAGGGGACAGAUCUUCUGGGAGUGGGUGGGGCCAGGAGCACAGUGUCUCCAAGCCCAUCUGGUUUUUUACACUGUUUGUUAAUAAACCCUGAAACUUCUGUG